AGGAGGCAAGCCUUUCCGUGCGAUCUCCAAUUCCAACUAGCGCCUGCGAAGUUCCUAAUUUCAUUGCCGCCCCACUAGUCUUCUGCCAUCCUCGACUGCGCUUCCCUUCUCUUGGAGCCCAUUCUGGCGGCUCGGGCGGCCCGCUCCUCGGAAUAGCAAAAAAUAACCGUCCCGUCCUGGUGGGCGUAAUUUCCUUAAACUGUGGUAACAAUCGUCCGCACUUACUUGGCAUACCUUCACGCAUCUCCUACUUUAUGCCGUGGAUAACGCAACAACUUUAGAAAAAACAAAGUCGUGGAGUCAACUUCCCGGACCCUCGGCAUUUCUGAUCCAGGCUUCCAUCAAACCGGCAGAUUGUGGCAUGCCAGACAAGCCGCAACAAUUAAUUGGCCCAUCUAGACAAAGGUCGUCACACUACUCAGAAAGAAAAGCGCUUUGGGCUGUGACAACUUCCAGAAACGCAAUGAAGGCUUCAGCGCAAAUAUUUCUUACGCUUCCAGCCUUGUUUACGCCUCAAGUAUUGUUAGAACGCAUAAAUCAACCAGGUUGCGGCACUGCAAAACAUCUCGGAAGGAUUGUCAAUGGGAAGGAAGUGGAUCGCACUCACAUGCCGUGGAUAGUGUAUUUGCUCACCGUCUACGUGGACAGACCUGGUCAUUUCAAGUCAGAGUUGUGCGGUGGGAGUAUAAUAUCGCCGAGCUUCAUACUUACCGCAGCGCAUUGUGUAAUCGGCGGCGUACGACGGCCGCGUUCAGUUCAUGUCAAGUACAAUGCGACUCGGGCAUACGAAGGACCUCGUGCUUUAGUGAAGAAAGUCGUUGUACACCCUCUCUUCGACAUGACCACACUGCAAAGCGACGUAGCUCUUUUAGAGUUGUCACAGCCGCUGCGGUUUGGCAGGUUUGUCAAGCCCGUUUGCUUACCUACGAGGAAAAUACGGCUGACCAACAAAAAAGUGUUUGCUGCUGGGUGGGGGCACGUAAGCGACGACCAUGUCAGGACUGAUCGGCUCCAUUAUAUCAAGACUACAGUGCUGACAUUUUGGGACUGUCCACGUAGCUUCAACAACUCGGGACAUGAAUUCGACAGUUCUGAAAUUUUCUGCACAGAAACAAAUGGCAAGGGAACAUGCCGGGGCGACUCUGGAGGACCUCUAACCCUGUGGGUAAACGGUCGUCAUGGCCAUAGACACGUUCUAGUGGGCCUCAUGUCUUUUUCGUUUCGAUGCAGUCGACCAGGCAGCUCGAACGUUCACACUCGUAUAUCCCAUUUUUUGUUAUGGAUAAAAAAGGUGAUGAAGAUCUGAAUUGAUAUCAUUGAUAGAAACGCUCUAUUUUUGGAU